CGCCACUACUGUAGUUCGUCUUUGCCCUGCUGCUUUCGCAUCAGUAAUCGACAGCGGUGCUUUCGAUUUGAACAGUGAAGGGGGUGAAUAACAAAUGCCGCUCCGUUUAAGAACGUAAGAACAACAAUUCUUCCUUCGAUUCGAAAAAGCGCCCUCGACCACCCAAAAACAAUCCCAUAUUUUUAUUUUUGUUUUUAGAGUAUGUUACUUCAAAAAUUGUACAAGAUUAUCACCUGACGGUGUGGUGCACACGCUGCCAGUCUAAUAGAUCUGGAGAGAAGCCACCAGAAAGGUCUCCACUUGAGUCGUGGUGGAUGCCACGUAGUUUUACGAGCAUGUAGGAUGGUGUAUUAUUCGUUUUAUGAAAGACAACGGGAAGUUAGUCGAUCACUUUGAAACCCUAUUAUACUACUGGACACAAAUGUUGUGAUUUCUCCAGCUCGUAUGUUCAUCUGCUGCUUUGACGAUUACGUAGCCAGCUGAAUUUGCACACCGUGUUCCUGGCCUUUUAAGAUGAGCUCGGUGCUUUUGCCUUCUUGAUUGAUCGCGAGAGAUAUCGGCACCAGUGGAGCAAGUUGUUUGAUGGUUUGGGGCAUUGAAGCGAGAGGCGCAGGUGCAGGAUUAGUUACUGAAAGUGUAGUGGGACUAGAAUUAUUGAGGCUUUAAUUGGUGCUUCGCUCCUGUUUGAAAUUUGUUCAUUUUUCUCAGGACCUACGAUUAUUCUGGUUUCUGAAUGAGGUUGGUUUAGUGGAACCCACAUUUUAUUGCGUCGGUGGAUAACACCGUGAGGAAUUGAAGGAAUUUUGCUUACUAGCGGAAGAGCAAUUUAGGAUAUGGACACGUGCCCGAGCUGUUUCCCGGUUCUUUAGUUUAGAGGUUUUAUUUUUUGAAAUUAAUUAGGUCAUGUAACGUUCAUGUAGGUAGUACUUCAUUUAUGAGGCUGCAAAACCUGAUCAUGAACGUUAGCGCAUGAUGCGUUGCCAACAGAUUUGCGUCAAAUACCGCAAGCAUUCGAGGCUAGCUUCUUUGUUUUACCACAAUGUCAGGGGAUCACAAUCAAGAUGUACAGAAGCUCUUAAGGCAUUUAAAGCGUGGAUUGUUACACAGUUCCCCUUCUUCAGGCUUCAGGAGACAACGGCCAGAACUUCUUGAAAAUUACAUGGGAGGAGCGGUGACGUCCCCUUGUACUCCUGCGCGACCAGUGAGAGAGGUGACGAGCACGGAACAAUCGGCGACAUCUCCAUUGGGGAUGCCUUCUUUACGCACAACACCAGAAAAUGAAAAGCUCCCUGUCUUCAACAAGCUUGGCGUAGGACGGAGAGGCAGUGAAGUAUCCCCAGGCGUGUUCUACGGCUCGGUCGUAGGUAAACCUGCACAUCGUCCUCCUCAACUUAUCCGCCUUCUCAAUGAGAUCCAGAGUGACCUUUCUUCACAAAUCACUCCAAAUUCAAGGCAUGCUAUCUGGGCAACGUUUCCACGGCAGGAUCAAGCACUUCAAUUCGCCGACAGUCACGGCAGCCAGAAUCUUGCGGUCUUUCAGUAUCAGGAUCAUUUAACUGGACAGAGGCGAUUUCUCACUACCACGUAUAACGAGUUUUGGCGAAGGUACAGCCAAAUGCGCACAGGGUGGAAGCACCAUUAUGAGAUCAUUCGUCAGGGCAGGCCUUGUCAUCUCUACUUCGAUCUAGAAUUUAACCUUCCUGACAACGUAGAUGCAAAUGGGGAAGCUAUGGUAGACACAUUGCUUUUAGUUACUAGUCAAACUCUUCUUGACGUCUUCGGCAUCUGUUAUGAUCCAUCCUGGACCUUGGAGCUCGAUUCAUCCACAGCAGAAAAGUUCUCCCGACACCUAAUUAUCCAUAUUCCUGGAGCUGCAUUCAAAGACAAUUCACAUGCUGGCGCGUUUGUGGGUGAGAUCUGUAAGAGAAGCAAUGAAUUGAGGGAAAGCGAUGAUGAAAUUUGCAAAAUGUUUGUCCUCCAAGGCGACUCCCGGGCUGCUCACCAAGCACAUAUCUUUGUAGAUGUGGCAGUCUACUCACGAAAUCGAGCCUUCAGAUUGCCUUUCUCUAGCAAGGCUGGGAAAAUCUCAUUUCUCCUGCCCACAUCUCGCUUCAGUGCUUCCAAGUUGAGCGAGAGGGAAGUCUUUAUGAAUUCCUUGAUUUGCAAGGUGGAUGAAGGAUGCAAGCAACUUCUUACAUUCAGCAAUGAGAAACCAUGUCCGGGAGGUGUUGUGGACUUUGAUGUGUGGAAAGCUAAUCCAGUGAACCAAUCAAGUGAAGGACCGAGCAGUAACUAUGGGAAGUCUCCUUUUCCUUUGCUGGAAGUUUUUAUUGAGGCCAUUGCCCGCAUUGGGGACAUCCAAGGAAAGAUUCGCAGUUGGUACCAUUUCGCAGAUCAUGGGGUAGUUGUCUACAACAUAUCUGGGAACCGAUUCUGCGAGAAUAUUGGAAGGCCACAUAAGAGCAAUAAUGUUAUGUACAUCGUCGAUUUCCGAACAGCAGGUUACUACCAAAAGUGCCAUGAUCCUGAUUGUCGAGGGUACCAGUCGCCAUUGAGGCCAAUACCACGCAACACUAUUCCUCCGGAGUUUCCACUAUCUACAGCGGGAGUAAUUGAACUCAACGAUACUUUAAGAUCAGAAGAAAUGGAAACGCAGGAUCGCCUUGAUUGUGAUGAGUGGGAGGACGAAACUUGGUGGGGAGAGGUGGUGUCAUCAUUGGCUAGCAUCGAGUGCACAUCGCAAAGAUCCACGUUCAGCAACCAGAGCCAGAAUCAAACCAGUAUGGAUGAUCCCUGCGAUACCCUUCAUGAAGAAAAUAAUGAGGAUCAGUACAUUUCAUCUAUUAACUAUGCCAAACCAACCUGGGACGAAGAUGAUGAGUGGUGGGAUGCAGUGGAGCGCGAGGCAGCACAGUUAGAAAUGAAUACAUCAAUUCGCAAACUUCCUAGUUGGUCUCCCUAAAAAUAUUUGAUUAACUGGACCUUGAUGUUAAGUGGUUAGCAGAUGAAGUGCAUUUCCUAUGAUGCUACCGGAAUCUGGAAGGCAUGGAAUUGAGACGUAAACUCUAUGCGGUGCAGAUCAUGGGAUCGACGACUGAUGCAACCUCUAGAAUGUGUUCUAGAAUUUUGAUAAGUGUGCAAUGUGCAGUGAUGGUUGUUUAUGUUGGAACUGGGUGCUUUUAGUCGAGUGCUGGUGCCCCCAGGAGGUUGCAAAUUCAUCUUUUUGUAGUUAGAACUGACUACACACAGUUUCAAGAGAAGAAUUCAGUUCUUGUGACGAGCUAGACCGAUGAACAAGUGAACAUGUGGUUGGAUCCAUCUUAUUCAAAUUAAACGUACUUAUUAGGGGGUCUGGAAAUAGUGUAGAUUUAAUUAUUGCAAGCAGCUGCCAAAGUCAUGACAAAAAAAUGGAGAUGAUUAGAUGGAAUUGUAUAGCAGAUUGUAAAAUAUCUUUUUUUUUGA